AUGGAAAUAUAUCUAAAGAAAGAACUUCUUCAGUAUACAGGGACUGCGAAGGAGCGAGGCGUCCUUUAUCUUUUGAUGUCUUUAAGAGAGGACCAGCAAAGAAAUGGUGUGAUCGUGGCCUCAGAUUGCAACUUCUCCAUGGCUGUCGCGUAUCACGCCACGGAGCUGCACAUUCCUGUCUUUGUCAUCAUGUCUACUUGCACCCCGCCAACCAGAGUGAAGAUGUGUCGCGAGUACGGUGCCAUGGUCAUUUCCUAUGGUUCUACUAUAAGAGACUCUCAUCUGCAUGCCAGGAGACUGGCCCAAGAAAACAACUACUUGUACCUCGAAGAAGAUGAUAGUGCUAUCUAUCUGUCAGGGCUGGGGACCAUGGGUUUGGAGAUCUACGAACAGGUGCCCAAACUGGACGCAGUGAUAUUGCCAGCAGGGAAUCACAGUGGACUGCUGGCCAGCAACUCUGCGGCCUUCAAGCAUCUGAAUCAGCAUGUCUUUGUGGUGGGUGUAGAAUUGGAGAAUAUCCAUGUAGAUCAGCAGUCGUUAAAAAUGGGACAACCUGUUGACGAUCACACCUACAGCCACUCUCAAUUUUACAGAGUCCAUGAGGCUCAGCAGCAUUUCUGGAGAUAUCUCCCUAUCCUUCCAGCCCUCUCCAAGGACAGUCUGAAGGUUGAAUUGAGUGGUUUUGGCACCAACUCUUUUCAACUGACAGGGAACUGGGUUGAUAAAGUUGUAACGGUGAGAGAAGAAGACAUCUUGAUUGCUAUGCUGAGACUGUUGGAAUACGAACGUGUGGCUGUUGACGCAGAAGGAGCCAUUGCAUUGGCUGCUCUCGUGUCUGGGAAACUGCCAGAAUUAAAGGGCAAAAGAGUGGCGGUAGCUGUGAGCAAUGGAAACAUGGAACUCCCUCUGAUGAGGCAGUGCAUGGAUCAGGCCCUUACUCUCGAUAACAGAGUGUGCAAAUUCACUGUCACGACCGUUGACUGUCCAGGAGAGAUUUCAAAGCUACUGGAGACUUUAGCUCGCGAGGAGGCAAGGUAG